AUGAGCACUGGAGCAAGACACGGAAUCCAUCUGCCGCCCGGUGCUCUCAGCCGACUACUUCGCAUCCAAUUCCAUCAAUCCCUCACCAUGCCACCAUCAAACGCCGAUAAAUAUGCCUUCCUCAAGAUGCAAGCUCCUCCCAGCUAUGUGGCCGGAUUAGGUCGUGGGGCGUCUGGAUUCACAACUCGUUCUGAUAUCGGUCCUGCCAGAGAAGGUCCAACACCCGAAGCUAUUGCUGCCGCCAAAGCCGCCAGAGGGGAAGAGGAUGCUACCGUUCAAGGAGAUGAUGAACAGUUUCAGGACCCAGAUAACGAAACCAACCUAUUUGCAUCCGCGCCCUACGAUCAAGAAGACGAGGAAGCCGACAAAAUUUACGAAUCGAUCGAUUUACAUCUUGAGCGGCGGGGUCAAUCUAGACGUGAUCUUCGGGAAAAGUUAGAACAGGAGCGUCUCGAAAAGGAGCGACCAAAGAUUCAAACCCAAUUUGCUGACUUGAAACGGUCACUCAGCAGUGUGUCAGAUAGUGAAUGGGAAAACUUGCCCGAGGUCGGAAAUAUUGCUGGUAGAGGUCACAAAAAAUUGAGGAAAGAAGGAAACCUGCGUACCUAUGCCAUUCCCGAUAGCGUACUUCUUGGUCAACGAGACCAGGUCGGCCUCGAGACAAGUCUAGAUAACCGCCAAAUGAAUGGAGAUAUUACCCCUGCUGGAGAGCAAUCCUCAACAUCAGGCGUCAUGACAAAUUUUGUCGAGAUCGGAGCCGCAAGAGACAAAGUAUUGGGUUUGAAAUUAGAUCAAGUCAAGGAUUCCGUUUCUGGAUCAACUACCAUCGACCCCAAAGGAUACCUCACCCAAAUGAAUUCAAUCGUCUUCAAGACCGAAGCUGAGAUCGGGGACAUCAAGCGAGCCCGAGCUUUAUUGGCCAGUCUGACCAAAAGCAACCCCAAACACGCUCCUGGUUGGAUCGCUGCGGCUCGAGUCGAAGUCGCUGCUGGAAAACAAGUGGCCGCACGCAAGAUUAUGGCACAAGGCUGCGUUGAAUGCCCUCAAAGCGAGGAUGCCUGGCUGGAAAAUGCUAAUCUCAACACGCAAGAGAACGCCAAGGUUGUUUUGGCAGACGCGGUUGUUCAUCUCCCCCAUUCAGUCAAGAUAUGGCUCAAAGCUGUCAGCCUCGAACAUGAAAUCGCUGCCAAGAAAAGGGUCUUGCGCAAGGCUCUAGAAUAUGUGCCCACUUCCGUUAAACUUUGGAAAGAGGCCGUCAAUCUGGAGGAGAACCCACAGGACGCGCGGAUUUUACUGCAACGAGCGGUUGAAGUAGUUCCGUUCUCAGACGAGCUUUGGUUAACACUGGCUAGACUGGAGUCCCCCGAACGUGCUAAACAGGUGCUGAACAAAGCUCGCCAAACAAUUCCUACCAGUCAUCAAAUUUGGAUUGCUGCAUGUCGACUCGAGGAACAAGAAGGAAAGGCAUUGGAUCGCAUAGAGGUAUUGAUGAGUAAGGGUGUAUCAGCACUCAAGAAGAACGGCGCGGAACUACCUAGGGAGCAGUGGAUCAAAGAAGCCGAAAAAUGCGAAUCUCAACAAAGUAUCGUCACUUGUCAGGCGAUCAUCAAAGCAACAAUCCAUCUCGACGUAGAGGAUGAAGACCGCAGAGAUGUCUGGAUCGAAGAUGCCCAGAGCUCAAUGGCCAACGGUUAUAUAGAAACGGCUCGAUCAAUAUACUCAUACGCACUGAACGUGUUCCCAAACAAGGCCGAGCUAUGGAGAAAGGCGGCCGAUCUGGAGAAGACUCAUGGGACAAGCGCUUCCCUCCUUCAACUCCUGGAGCGUGCCGUUCAUUGCUGUCCUCACUCCGAAAUAUUGUGGUUGAUGGCUGCCAAGGAAUGCUGGCAGACUAACAACGACGUCGAUGGCGCUCGCAAAAUCCUUGGGGAUGCCUUCGAAGCCAACCCGGAGAGCGAGCAAGUUUGGUUAGCCGCCGUCAAGCUCGAGUCGGAAAAUGGCCAGAUCGAAGCAGCCAAACAGCUGAUGAAACGAGCCAGAGACGUAGCUGGCACGGAACGCAUAUGGAUAAAGAAUGCAGUUUUCGAGAGGCAACACGGUUCGGUAGAUGAAGCGCUUGAGAUAACGGAGAAAGCUUUGGUCAAGUUCCCAGCUUCGGAGAAAUUGCAUAUGAUCAAGGGACAGAUUCUAGAGUCCAAGGAAGAUGUUUCAGGUGCCCGUUCGGCUUAUGCGACUGGAACGAAGAAAUGUCCGAAAUGUAUACCGCUGUGGAUCCUUUCUUCGAGAUUAGAGGAGAGGGUCGGUAUGACGAUCAAAGCGCGAGCGAUUAUGGAACGGGCAAGGCACCAUAACCCAAAGAAUGAGGAACUUUGGUCGGAAAGUUGUUCGAUCGAGGAGCGGGCCGGUGGACAUACUACUGGUAGUAGUACCAAUGCUAGUGCAGUCGGGAUCCAGGCGAGGAAUAUGAUGUCAAGAGCUUUGCAAGAUUGUCCAAACUCCGGCUUGCUCUAUUCUCAAUCGAUUUGGUACGAGCCUCGUCCUCAGAGAAAAACCAGAGGGGCCGAUGCAUUGAAGAAGUGCAACAACGAUCCUCGAGUCAUCGUCACUGUCGCCAGACUUCUCUGGGCCGAGAGAAAGUUAGACAAGGUUCGGAACUGGUUGGAGAAAGCGAUCGCCGCUGACUCUGAUUGCGGCGACUUCUUUGGGAUCUAUUACAAGUUUUUGAAAAUGCAUGGCACUCAAGAGGAGCGAGAUGCUUUGAUUAGUCGAUGCAAAGCCGCUGAACCUCAUCAUGGUCCAGUCUGGCAGGCUACGGCUAAGGAUCUAAAAAAUGUUGGAAAGAAAAUCGAAGAGAUCAUCGAUCUAGUCGCGGAUAAGUUACAACAAUGA